GCUAGGCUCGGUAUAGAAGGACAGAGAUCGGGCGCACACGCCUCCUACCAAAAUCACAGCCCCGUGUGGAGCCCAAGCUCUCAUUCACAGCUUUCUAGAGAAAUCUGAGCCUGAACCUGCCAGAAUAGGGGACCUCACCCACCCAGUUCAGCAGCGAGGACACCUGCAGAAAUACAUUCCCAAAGCAAGGCUGGGCGGCGGUGUGAAGUAAACAAUGGCCUCAGUUUUGCUUCUCUUUUGGAUGGACACGACCACAUAGGGCCUGAAUGCGAAAGAAGACCCUCUAUUUGUCUGUUCCAGGGCAGUCUGGUAGUAAGACACUGUUGAAUGGGCCACAGUUUCAGCAGACCAUCAGGUGAAUGGGACCAAUCUCUCUUCUUCCAAAAUAUCAGAAGUUAAACACUUGGAACGGAGAUUUGGCCAAGAUGACCCAUUUACAGGCUGGACUCAGUCCAGAGACUAUAGAGAAAGCUCGCCUGGAACUGAAUGAAAACCCAGAUGUUUUACAUCAGGAUAUUCAGCAAGUCAGGGACAUGAUCAUCACCAGGCCUGACAUUGGAUUUUUACGUACAGAUGAUGCCUUCAUCCUGAGAUUCCUCCGAGCCAGGAAGUUUCACCAAGCGGAUGCCUUUAGACUCCUGGCUCAGUAUUUCCAGUACCGCCAGCUAAACCUGGACAUGUUCAAAAACUUCAAGGCAGAUGAUCCCGGCAUUAAGAGGGCUCUGAUCGAUGGGUUCCCCGGGGUGCUGGAAAACCGAGACCAUUACGGCAGGAAGAUUCUUUUGCUGUUUGCAGCCAAUUGGGAUCAGAGUAGGAACUCCUUCACAGACAUCCUUCGUGCCAUCCUGCUGUCACUGGAAGUCCUAAUUGAAGAUCCAGAGCUUCAGAUAAAUGGCUUCAUUUUAAUUAUAGACUGGAGUAAUUUUUCCUUCAAACAAGCCUCCAAGCUGACUCCUUCCAUCCUUAAACUGGCUAUUGAAGGGUUGCAGGACAGCUUUCCUGCCCGCUUUGGAGGAGUCCACUUUGUCAACCAGCCCUGGUACAUUCAUGCCCUCUACACACUUAUCAAGCCAUUUCUUAAAGACAAGACCAGGAAACGGAUUUUCCUGCAUGGAAACAAUUUAAACAGCCUUCACCAGCUAAUACACCCUGAAUUUUUGCCCUCUGAAUUUGGAGGAACUCUUCCUCCUUAUGACAUGGGAACUUGGGCCCGGACGUUACUCGGUCCUGACUACAGUGAUGAAAAUGACUAUACUCACACUUCCUAUAAUGCAAUGCAUGUGAAGCAUACGUCCUCAAAUCUGGAGAGAGAAUGCUCACCCAAGCUGAUGAAAAGAUCUCAGUGUGUGGCCAAGAGAAAGACUGAAGUGCCUGACCUUGCAUUCUUGGUUUAGAGGAAAGGAAGGGAAGCUAGGAUGGGCUUCACACAUAAGGGGACACAGGUGUUGUUGACCUGUGAGGGCUGAGUAGGAGGCAAACAUAUUACCAGUUACUGACCAACGUGAUCUAAUGGAAAAUGUGCAGCAGUCCAUUCCCCUGAGCCCUAGCUCUGAAAUUUGGUGAUAAGAAAUAAGAUAAAUGGGGGAAUGAUAAACGGGGGAGCGAUGCCUCCAAGGGGGUCAGAGGGAAUGAGAACAAGAACACAGACAGGGAGCUUAGCUUUGGAAAGACCUACUCACUGGGAGAGGUGGCAUAUUUGCUUUUUGCUUAGUUUUUUUUUUUUUUUUCUCAUGCCUUGCUCAGAGGCAGACCAAAAAUAAAUGUCCAGUACAUAUUCCACAAAUGAAGAAUAAAUAAAGGAGUUAAUGAGCAAAAAGGAACAAUGUUAGAAGAAAUAUUCUCACAAGAAGUCAUUUGGUUAUUCUUUGGUAUUUGAUUAAAAUCAUAGUUCAGGCUACUGACCUGACCUGAAUAUAUUACUGUAAAAUCUAACUUGUACGUUAUUUUGAAAUUAAUCUUUAAUUUGAACCAAAGUAAAACAAUGAUUCAAACUGAAUCUCAAUAAUCCUUUGUGUAGCUUAAACUUUAGAUAGAGUACAUCUUUGCAGUUGAAUGAUAAAUUGUAGUGUUGAAAAUGGAGGACCUGAGGAGGUAACUGUGGAUCAAUAGUAGAAAGAGAGCAUUGAAUUCUUGCUCCAGGUGAAAAAAUGAGGAGGAAUAGCUGGUCCCACUACAGAUGCGUCACAUGGCUAGACUCCUCUUGGUGGAGGUGCACCCUCACUAAAGUAUCAUGACCCCUUUCCCUGUCACGCUGAUUCAUUUGCACUUACCCUUUCCCAAAUUUUCCACUUGCCUGUGUGUUCAUUGUCUAUAUCAGCCCUGACCAAUUGUGUAUGCUGAGGCUUAUCUGAUUAAUGCAGUCCUGUGGCCCAGCACCUAAACUAAUGCCUGUUGCUAAUAAGGGAUUGAUAUAUAUUUGUUGAUUUGAUUAAGAUACAAUUCACUUGCGGUGUUUCCUACCCGUGUGUGAGCUGUUGCUUGCUCCAGAGCAAAGCUCUGAAAAUUCUAAUAAGCAUACAAAGCACCGAGAUCUUGUUAAAAUACAGAUGCUGAUUUAGCAGGUCUGGGCUGGGUCUGAGAAUCUGCAUUUCUAACCAGCUCCCAGGCUCUGCCUGGGCUGAGGACCCAGGGACCACAGUUUGAGUGGCAAGGCCCUGGAGUGCAGUUGUUUCCCACAUGUCAGACUGCAAUAUGGAUGUUCCCUGGUCUUGUUCAGAGGGUUCUUGAAAACUGAGCCAUUCAAGUUUUGAGAAUUUAAAUAAAAAAUAUAUAUUUAAAAUAUAUUUAAAUAUAUUUAAAGUAGAUAAGAAUAGAUAGGUUAUCAUCCUCAUGUUACAGAUGAAGUGGCUGAGGCAGAGAGAAGUUAAAUGACCUCAAUUCAUGGAGCUAGUAGGUGGCAAAAUAGUUUAAAUUCAGCUCUUUUUAUUCUAAGUAAAACACUGUCUCCUACUUCAUGUUCUCACACUAUUUGUGUAUUCACUCAUUCAUUCUUCAGUGGUUUAUAGAGUACCUUUUUUGGGCAUUUACUUGUGCUCAGACUACAUUCCUGCCAGCCCAAAUUCCAUCCUUUUUUUUUGAGACGAAGUCUCGCUCUGUU